AGCAAGCUUGUGAAAAUCGUUCAACCACAUAAAAAACGCCACCACCACCGACGGAAGGAAACCGUGCGUGCAUAAGGGGACGGUUGCCACUUUCUUUACUGCGGGCGUUUUGUCGGUGGAUUCGGUUUUUUAGUUUUCUGUUCCGUUUUUAACUUUUUCCCGCCUUAUUGACGCAAACCCGGUGCCCGGUUUCCCUGGGUGCGUUCACCGACGCCAAACACUUCUGCCGCCUUCAUUUUUUCCACCGCACAGAAGUUUCAUCCGGUACUCCGGCGGACAGCAAUCAACCGUACGAGUGCUCCAGAUUCAACGUGGGCAGAAGUAUUGUCCCCUUCUUGUGGGAGUUAUCAUUCGGCAGCGUGCCCUCCAGCCCCAUCGUUCGAUGGCUGAACCAGUUAAGCUUUCCCACCGUACCCGAAAACGCGUCCGGGAAGUAAAGCGUAAAGCGAGACCUGAACUGUCAGACAAAUCGGCAUGGGUACAGCUAGGCUAUCAUGAAGAAUUCGAACCCUUUAGUCAGUUCGAGGACAAUGUGAACCGUAUCCACGUAGAGAAGGUGAGCCCGAAGGAAUUUAUCGAGCGCUACGAGCGCAUCUACAAACCGGUUGUUAUAGAGGGGAUGCAGGAUGGAUGGAAAGCACGCCACAAGUGGACAUUGGAACGACUGGCGAAAAAGUACCGCAACCAGAAGUUCAAGUGCGGCGAAGAUAACGACGGUUAUAGCGUCAAGAUGAAGAUGAAGUACUACGUCGAGUACAUGCGCAGCACCACAGACGAUAGCCCACUGUACAUAUUCGACAGCAGCUUCGGCGAACAUCACAGACGCAGAAAGUUGCUAGAAGACUACGACGUACCGCUCUACUUUCGUGACGAUCUGUUCAAGCAUGCGGGUGAAGUGCGCCGACCACCGUACCGGUGGUUCGUGAUGGGACCGGCCCGAUCCGGUACCGGCAUACAUAUCGAUCCGCUUGGUACGAGUGCCUGGAAUGCCCUUGUCCAUGGCCAUAAACGCUGGUGCCUGUUUCCGACCCAUACGCCCAAGGAGCUGCUCAAAGUGACCGGUUCAAUCGGGGGCAAGCAACGAGACGAAGCGAUCACCUGGUUUAGCUUGAUCUAUCCGCGCACGAAACAACGCGAUUGGCCCAGUGACUGUAAGCCGAUUGAAAUACUGCAAAAACCAGGAGAAACGGUGUUCGUACCGGGCGGCUGGUGGCAUGUGGUACUUAACCUGGACGAUACCGUCGCCGUCACGCAAAACUUCUGCAGCCGUACCAACUUCCCGGUGGUAUGGCACAAGACGGUCCGCGGCCGGCCAAAGCUGUCGAACAAGUGGCUCAAGGUGCUGCAGGCGGUCGAACCGGACCUGGCCAAGAUCGCGUCCGAGACCGACAUCGGACAGAGUACGGGCGUUGCGUCGGACAGCUCGAGCAACUCUAGCUCAUCGUCUUCCAGCUCGAGCAACUACGACGACAGCGACUGUGAAUCGAACACCGACAGCGGCCAAGAGUCGCUUUCCGCACACAAAUCAAAAAAGCAUAAAAAAUCUAACGGCAUCAACGAUGCCGAUAGCACCGUUGACAAUUCUCUAAAUGAUUUUCCACUUUAACCCUAAUUCAGCGUAUUAAUAGUUUGUUUCUUCAAAUUCUUAACUUUUGUUUUGAUUACUCAUCCGUCGUAAUCUAUCAUCCGCAAAGCGCCAAUUUUCUCACGGGACAAUCGGUCGAACAACUUUAAAGCGACCAGUGAAAAACAUAAAAAAGGAAUAUUGCAAAAAGUAUGUUCACAUGAUACAAUUUCUGCCCGAUUUUUCGACCCUCAGCGAAUCUUUUAUUUGCAUGUGUAUUCGAGCAGAGAUUUGUUUGCCACAUUUGCAGCGAAAUAUUACCAGAACGUCGGUGUUUGCAUUCGUUUGCCGUAUUUUAAUUUAUGCGUCACGGAUUAGAAGUGCGAAGGAAUUGGCAAGUAGAACAAUGUAGAAUAACUAAUUCAAUUAUAGACUAUCGCAGUACGUACCGCGCACUGAUUGAAAGGGAUAUGGUGUAAUGUUGUGCAAAAAAACGCAAAUGUAUUGCGUGCUCUAUAUAAUGCAGUACGAUCAAAGAAGAGGCUCUUGUCAGGGAUGCGAUCGGUGGAAGAUAGUAUGGGGAAAUUGUUGCUGCAUUGACUAAGGAAAAGGGCUGCUAGGACGGAGGAGCAUCGACUGAGGUAAAAUUAGAAGAGAUGUAGUAUGUGCGAUACAAGCGCCAGAAGCAUCAAACGUAGAGUUUCACACACAAACACGACAAAAUUGCAUGUAAUCAGCGGUAUUGUGCCUUUUGUAACGAAUGGGUGAACGAAGCAAAUACAUGGAAAAAACAAAACAAAACGGAACAAACAAGCAAAGGAAAAGCAACACAUUUUGACGGUAGAUUUGGUAGGUGCAUUAUACCGUCUCCUAAGAUUAAGUAGCUAAUAUACAUACCCGUACCCCAAACGAAGCAAAACCUGAUACGAAAGACAAAAGCAUAGAGCAACAACCUCAAGCAAUCAUCCGUAAUAGCAAACGCAGAGAAAUAGAAAAAGUUUUGGCAUUUAUUGUUUUUGUUUUGUUUGUUUUUGGGUAUUUCAAUGAAUAUUUUUUUAGCACAACGUUUACGGGACCCUUUAAUUUGACGGGCGCCUGUAGGGGUAGGUUAAUGAGAAACGCCCGUAAACCCGUAAGUGUUAGUUAAUCGUUUUUGGUAUUUAGUUUGUUACAGCAUCCAGCAACAUGUUGAGAAUAGCGAAAACUGAGGUAAAUCUAUUAAAUCUGAAUCAUAAACAGCGAAAGGAAGAGUGCGUUUGUAGUACACGGUACAACGACCAUUUAAAAACACUACACUAAUGACCAAGCUAUACGAUUGCAGUAGAACAUGUAAACCACUCAAAGCAAAACAUACCGCUGGCAUAUACGAAAUACAGUCAUUUCUCGCGUUACGCGAAUGAUGCGUGCCAGUGAACUCGAAUACCCUUUAUAACAUCGUUUAUAUUUUAAUAAUGAUUUUUCUUCGUUUAGUUACACAAAUAAUAAUGAAACGUAACGAGUGUGUAACUCGGGAAACGACUGUAGUAGCCGAAGGAUUUCAUUAGGAAUCGGUGCAUUUGUACCACGAGGAGGCGUGCUUGCAAAAAGUCGAGGAUUCUAUUUGUACAACCCCCUUGUCGUAGUCAAUACAAAAAGCAAAACAGGCUCUCCCACCUUCCUCAAUAAUAAGCAACAUGCAAAA